CUUCAAUCAACUGUAUCCACAUAAACAAACGCCCUCCUUGGGGAUGGACAAAGUUCCGUAGAUCAACAUUUAAUAAUCAUCAACUUAGGUCACCACUCAAUAAUAUUGUAUGUUUUACUAUAUAUUUUUUUAUUAAAACGUUUAGUAGAGGUUAUAUUGCUCUGUAGCCAACGGGAUUCUUUGAAGUUUUCCUGUCAAACUGUGGACUUAUAGAUAGCCAGUCGAGCUAACUGGCUAAGAUUUGUUGAUAUCGAAUUCAUCAGAUCUGCAGCAUCCAUAUCCUGUAAAUGGGGAACAGUGCGCUCAAAGCUCAUUUGGAAACAUCUCAGAAGACUGGAGUCUUUCAGCUGACCGGAAAGGGUUUGACAGAGUUCCCAGAGGACCUGCAGAAACUCACAGCAAACCUGCGGACAGUCGAUCUGUCCAACAACAAGAUCGAGGUGCUUCCAGCAUUCAUAGGAAGCUUCCAGCAUCUCAAGAGUUUUACCAUAAGUAGCAAUAAACUGACCAGUCUACCAAAUGACAUUGGCAAGCUCAAGAAGCUGGAAACCCUUAUUUUAAAUGGAAACCAGCUAAAACAGCUUCCUUCUUCAAUCGGUCAGCUCAAGUCCUUGCGCACCCUGAGCCUGUCCGGCAACCAGUUCAAAGAGUUUCCCGGUGGCCUUGGCACCCUUCGCCAGCUUGAUGUUCUGGAUCUUUCCAAAAAUCAGAUCCAGAUGGUUCCUGCAGAGGUGGCUGAACUGCAAGCCAUUGAAAUCAACCUCAAUCAGAAUCAGAUUUCAAGCGUGACUCAAGAGGUGUCUCGCACACCCAGACUGAAGGUCUUGCGGCUAGAGGAGAACUGUCUGGAGCUCUCCUCUAUCCCCAUCUCCAUCCUCACAGACUCCCAGGUGUCCCUGCUGUCUGUCGAGGGCAAUUUGUUUGAGGUCAAAAAGAUGCGUGACCUGGAAGGAUAUGAUAAAUAUAUGGAGCGUUUCACUGCAACCAAGAAGAAAUUUGCGUGAGCAGUCGUCGGAUUCCUGCUUCUGUCCUCCUCGCUGGGCUUUACAGUAGAGCGAUUACAGCUUCCACUGCUAUAUAAACGUCCAGACGGUGGGAAAAAAUGGUCAGGCCUGCUUCACAACUCGACAGAAAGACUCAGGUGCUGUUACAGAGAACACUGUAUGAAUUACUGUACACACCCACAGAACAUCACUCUAUCAUUUGCAAAGAUCUUAUAAAGCCAAAUAUAGCUUUACCAGGACAUUCACACUGGAGAAUGAACACGAUAACACCACGUCAAGAAGGUCUGGUCUUCACAGAGAGGCGAGUUUAACAAUGUAUGCCAUUGCCAAGCAUUUAUUAAUCAGUUUAUUUGAUGGCUUUUGACUUUAUAACAAUUAAACAGACUUUUUUAAUGUUUGGUUUUCACCUAUUUCUCAGAAACUGAACAGUAUUUUUGAUUUAAAUGCAAUCUCAAAACUUCCGUUAAAGAACAUUUACUGUGAUAUUUAUGAAGUAGCCAUUUUUCUUAUGACAACAGAGGCUGCAUAUGAGUCUUACUUUUGAUUAUUGGUAAUCAAAUAAAUGCUGGUGGAUAUUUAUGUUUUAUUUUUUUCAUUCAACGUUUAAAUGCGGCAUAUUUGUUUUUUUGCAUGCACGUUUUCUUUCAGAAACACAAUUUAGUGAAGGAUUAUGUUUUUCCCACAGAUGUCAUCUAUUAACGUACUUGAAUGUCACUCGUGAUCGUCUGUUUUAAAAAAAAAAGUGCUUCUCUCUGCGAGUGAUUAUAUAUACAUAUGCAAGUUAUUGGAAAUAUUUUUAUAUAUUUAUAUAUAUAUAACACUUUACUUGAAGGUUCAUUAGACUGUCAUUAACUCUUUAUAAUCAAUGUGAAUGAGAUGAUAUGCAUGCAGUGCUUCCCACACAUAGACUUUACUUGGGUGGGCUGCCCAGGUAUAUUAACGGCCGCCCAAGUAUAUUUGGUGGUGACACAUGAAUAAUACUAUUAUUAUUAUUCUUUUACAUUUUUUGUAUCCACCCAAGAAAGCCAAACAUUCGCGAUUGAUUAACCAGUGGAAAAUCUUCUCUCACAGGUUUCCUACUGUUGGUUCUCUGUACGCAAGAACUGUCAACACUCACACAGACAAUCUCACAUGCUUUACAAACCCACAGAGAUACACCUUUUGCGGCAAAAUGCAUCUGGUCGUAGUUUCUGAAUCUCCUAAAAUGUUUGGGAUUCAGCUUUUGCUUUCACUUUCUAAAGUUGCUGAUAUUUGUAUGCGUUUUUGCAUUAACUUUUCGCACCUGACUGCGCGUGCACAGCCGUGAGAGAAACAUUAAAAGAUUAACUAUUUAAUAAACGACUCAAAUAAACUACUAUAUACUUGGAGAGAGCAAAAUGACCUAUAUACUGGCUGCAAAUGUUUGUACACCAUUAGAAAUGCUUAAUCAACUAAUUUGCCUUAUUUAAAUAAUCUACACUUUUUAUUCUUGUAAUUAUUAUAAUUUUUAGCAAUAAUGCCUAUUUUUAUUCCUUUUUUUCUGUUAUUUAUUCCUCAUUUGCUGAAUAUUUUAUUCAUUUGAUGAUGUUAAGGCCCAAGCUGAUUUUUUUACAUUCAUUUUUAUUUCUCUUUGCUAUUUGGGCUUAUUGGAACCUAAUUAGAAUAAAAACCUCAGGAUCAUCUUUUGAUAUGAUGUCCAUAUAUGUGGACUCGUGGUCCGAAUUUCCAUAAAACACUUUUUCCUGGCUGUUUUUUAAUGCAUUAAUAACACAUACAUAUUUUUUGAACAUGUUUUGACUAUCAGAGAGUAAAAACAUUUUCUUUCCCAUUUUGGACAGUUAAAAAUGUUUGGGACAUUCAUAUAUUGCAGAACAGUUGCAGGAUGACACUGUAUGUCUGUAACAAAAUAUAAAACAUUCAAAGUAUUUUAAAUAGAUACUUAAGAGCUAAAAUGUGCUGUCCAUGUUUGUGGCCACUAAGCCCUAGGACUGGGAUGUCAAACUCAAUUCCUGGAGGGCCGAAGCCCUGCACAGUUUAGUUCCAACGCUUAAACACAUCUGAUCAAACUAAUUAAGUCUUUCAGUCUUGUUUGAAACCUACAGGUGAAGCUGCGGUCACACUGGGCUUUGUUUGUGCGAAAUUCUGUCGUACGGCGCUGCGAAAAGGAGCGGAAUUAAACAAGAUGAUUAGACAUUAAAAAAAGCGAGCGAUUGCUCCAUGUUUUAAAUUUCUGUCCAGAGAGGUGCUGUUUUGAUCCUCGAUUGGUCUCACGCUGUCAAGUGAUGGAAUUUCGCAGGUCAGAGUUCACCAAGCUUGAACUUUGCACCGCAGCGAACUGCGAAAAUUAACGCAUGACCUUGCGUUUCCGGUCUGACGCAUUCGCGUGCGUAUGAAUGGGAGGAAAAGCCCAGUGUGACCGCAGCUUAAGUGUGUUGAAGCAGGGCUGGAACUAAACGGUGCAGGGCUGCAGCCCUCCAGGAAUUGAGUUUGACAUCCCUGCCAUAGAAGGUUAAUGUAUUACAUACUUAAUAAAUAUCUAAAAUGCUUUGACAGUACUGUACAAAAUGUCAUGACAAUAAAGCAGCUUUAGAGAGAGCAGCCUUUACCUGUCAGUGGGUGCACAUGGCUCCUAAAUAGCAUAAAAGUAAGAGAAGUGGAUUUCUUUUAUUUCAGCAGCCUUUUUUAAAUAACUCUAACCCAUUGAAAAGGUGUAUAACCCUGUCAUAAUAAACAAAAAUACUCUUAAAAAUCACAUUUUAUUUUGUUUGUCGCAAUUGGUUGACCAUUUAUGUGCUGUGGGUAAAGAGUGUGUUUCAAUCCGGCUACCACCUCAAAUAUAUUUUAACCGGUGGGAAGCACUGGCAUCUGUCAUUAAGCGUCAUUUAUGACAUUUUAAAUUACCAAGACAACAACACUUGUCAUAAAUCUGUCAUAAACAUGAUCAUCAUGAAGUCAUUAUAAAUGUCAUAAAACUUAUAACGUCAUUGAUUAUUUUUUGACCUCAACUACUGUGGUACAAGGUGAAUUUGUCAUUAUAAUGAAUGAUAUUGUUAAAAAUGAUUUGAUAAUGACACUUCUAAUAAGACAUUUUAAUGACAAAUACAUCAUACACUCUUACAUUCUCACACACACAUUAUACAUACACUACGGCCUAUAGCGCAUGUCUUUGGACUUUGGGGGAAACUGGAGCACCCGGCGAAAACCUACAAGAACACGGAGAGAACAUGAAACCUCCUCACAGAAAUGCCAACUGGUCCAGCCAGGACUCAAACUAGUGACCUUCUUGCUGUGAGGCGACAGUGCUAACCACUGAGCCACCAUUUGAAAGAGUAAUGACACUUCUGAUGAGACAUUUUAAUGACAAAUAUAAAUUGUUCCACUUCUAAUGUGAUCGGAAAAAUAUUCAUGACAAUUAUAAUGGCCUCAUAACAAUCAUGUUUAUGACAGAUUUAUGACCAGUUAUGUUGUCUUGGUAAUGUCAAGUGUCAUGACAAAAAUGAAGACAGGCUGUGAUGAUUUUAUUUAUGUCAAGUUGUCUAAACAAACAAUAUCAUCUUUGCAUUUAAAAUAAAAAAGUAAGCAAAUGACACUCAAUAACAGUUGUCAUGAGCAUGCAUACACGUUAUAAAGGUCUUAUGAACACCCCUUCAAGUAAAGUGUUAGCUAUUAUUUCACUGUCAGCAUUAUGAGUCGUAUAACACACAGUCAUGAAUGGCUUUCGCUCUAAUUCAGCAUUUGUACAAUACAUGUCUCUGCUUUUUAAUGUACUGCAUCGCCUAAAUUAUUUUUAUGCUACAGCGUUUAGCAGCUAAAUAACAUUUGAAUUGUAUUAACAUCAUGCAAUUAUCAGGCAAACUGUACCUGAAUGUUUCCCUCAGGAUGAAUAAAUACGUCUAGCUAUCAA